AUGGAUUCAGAGCCGGCUGCCAGGCAACAGCGCUUGGCCAGGCGACUCUACAAGCCACUGCCUUCCCUCCGGCGCAGGCGGGCGCUGGAUCCCCGGCUGAUCCAGGCCGGGUUUUGCGGCGGAGUCCGCGAGCGCAGGUUCCUUAUCGGUUGCAGCGGUCGGCGGCGGGAGAUCGUGGUGAUGGAAGAACCGUGGGCCGGCCUGUCCGGCGUCUCCGGGGCCGCCCUGGCCUGCUGCUUCGUGGCGGCGGCCUUGGCCCUGCGCUGGUCCAGUCGCCGGACAGCGCGGGCCUCGGCAGUCCGGGCAAGACGGAGGCAGAAAGCGGGCCUGGGCACCAUGGACAAGGCGGCGCAGCGCUUCCGGCUCCAGAACCCUGACCUGGACUCAGAGGCGCUGCUGGCCCUGCCCCUGCCUCAACUGGUACAGAAGUUACACAGUGGGGACCUGUCUCCUGAGGCUGUGCUCUUCACCUACAUGGGAAAGGCCUGGGAAGUCAACAAAGGGACUAACUGUGUGACCAGCUACCUGGCGGACUGUGAGACUCAGCUGUGCAAGGUCCCAAGACAGGGCCUGCUCUAUGGUGUCCCAGUGAGCCUCAAGGAGUGCUUCAGCUACAAGGGCCAGGACUCGACACUGGGCUUGAGCCUGAACCAGGGAGUGCCAGCGGAGGGUGACUGUGUGGUGGUGCAGGUGCUGAAGUUGCAGGGCGCCUUGCCCUUCGUGCACACCAAUAUCCCCCAGUCCAUGCUCAGCUUUGACUGCAGUAACCCCCUCUUUGGCCCGACUAUGAACCCAUGGAAUUCUUCCAAGAGCCCAGGUGGCUCCUCAGGAGGCGAGGGGGCCCUCAUUGCUGCUGGGGGCUCCCCACUGGGCUUAGGCACCGACAUUGGAGGCAGCAUCCGCUUUCCCUCAGCCUUCUGUGGCAUCUGCGGCCUCAAGCCCACGGGGAACCGCCUCAGCAAGAGUGGCCUGAAGGGCUGUGUCUAUGGACAGGUAGCAGUACAGCUCGCGGUUGGCCCCAUGGCCCGGGACGUGGAGAGCCUGGCACUGUGCCUGCGAGCGCUGCUGUGUGAGGACAUGUUCCUCUUGGACCCCACCGUGCCCCCCUUGCCCUUCAGGGAGGAGAUCUACAGGAGCUCUCAGCCCCUGCGUAUAGGGUAUUAUGAGACUGACAACUAUACCAUGCCCACGCCAGCCAUGAAGCGGGCCCUGCUGGAGACCAAGCAGAGACUCGAGGUUGCUGGCCACACGCUGGUUCCCUUCCUGCCGAGCAACAUACCCCAUGCUGUGGAGACCCUGAGCAUGGGUGGGCUGUUCAGUGAUGGUGGCACGACCUUCCUACAGAGCUUCAAAGGUGAUUUCGUGGAUCCCUGCUUGGGGUACUUGAUCUCAGUUCUGAGGCUGCCCGGAUGGCUUAAAGGACUGCUGGUUUUCAUGAUGAAGCCUCUGCUCCCAAGGUUCUCAGCCUUUCUCAACAGUAUGAAGUCUCAGUCAGCUGGAAAGCUCUGGGAACUGCAUCAUGAGAUUGAGGAAUACCGGCACUCCGUGAUAGCCCAGUGGAGAGCCCUGGAGCUGGAUGUGCUGCUCACCCCCAUGCUAGGCCCUGCUCUAGACCUGAAUGGCCCAGGCAAGGCCGCAGGGGCCAUCAGCUAUACUGUGCUCUACAACUGCCUGGAUUUCCCUGCGGGGGUGGUACCCGUCACCACAGUGACCGCCGAGGACGAGGCCCAGCUGCAGCUUUACAAGGGCUACUUUGGCGAUAUCUGGGACAAGAUGCUGCAGAAGGCUAUGAGGAAGAGCGUGGGGCUGCCCGUGGCUGUGCAGUGCGUGGCUCUGCCCUGGCAGGAAGAGCUGUGUCUGCGGUUCAUGCGGGAGGUGGAGCAACUGAUGAACCCGGACAAGCAGCUAUCCUGACCGCGGCCCACACGGCCCUGGAGUGCCCGAGACCCGCCCGGAGCUGCAUCCAGCCUAGUCAGGGCACCGCUGCCGCCCCGCCAGGAGUGUUCGGCCUGGGCUGAAGCUCCUGAGUCCCUCCCCUGUCGCCCUCUACAAGAAGCCCAGACCCACUGAAUUUGGACCUCACUUCCUCCCCAGGUCCGCUCUCUGUCCUGACCACCCUCCUCACCAUGGCAGCCAGCGGGCAUGACAUGAUGACUAACAGUCAA